CUCCGUUGACGCUUCAGAAACACGUUGAGCUAAGUUGUCAAUCAAACUGGGACUACCCGAUCGACAGUCAAAAACAGGCUAUUAGGUAUAAAUUGUGUAUUUUAUCAGUUUGAACGGGGCCAUUUUAGCACGUUGCUCUGUGUGCCUUGAAACCGCAGGAGGAUAUGCUGGUUUUUAAUCUGCCAAAUCUCGGUCAGGAAGGAAGCACUUGCACUGCAAACCUGCAGAGUCUGAGCUAACCCAUUUUAUAUUGAACUGCUUCACUGCGAUUUUUUUGGAAAUGAGAACGACAUUAUUCCUGCUGCACGCCAUCUCCUGCUGCUGGUUGGCCAGCGCCACUCUCUCCAAAACUGAUGCAAAGAAGUCGCAUAAAGCUGAGGCUGAGACAUCUCCAGCUGAACUGUCUGUGCUGGAGAGAGGCCUCGUUGUGUCAGACCCCUCCUGGAAAGACAUAGUGAAGGAGGAAAAGAGAUACUGGGCUCACAUCAAGAGAACUUUUCAAGGACCGGUGCUUGGCUAUGUCACACCUUGGAAUUCCCACGGUUAUGACGUUGCCAAGAUAUUCGGUGCUAAACUAACUUCGGUGUGCCCGGUGUGGCUUCAGCUUCGCCGACGGGGACCUGAAACCUUUGACGUUACGGGACUCCACGAUCAUGACCCAGGCUGGGUCAAAGCUGUACGCAAGUCUAACAAGAAAGUCCGGAUGGGUGAGUUAUGUCUUCCUCACUGCCCACAACUCAGAUUCUGUUGUUCAUUACCAUUUAUUACAGUUGUUGAAUUUUCUUUACCCUCAGUGCCCCGGCUGUUAUUUGAUGGCUGGUCUUACCAGGACUACAUGAGUGUUCUGGGGAGCGAGGAUGAAAUUGAAGAGCUGGGGAGCGAGCUGGUGGAUGUUGCAAAGACGGAAGGUUUCGACGGUUUCACCUUGGAGCUGUGGAGCCAGCUGGGAGGGAACAAAAGAAAAGAGCUGGUCCAUUUAGUGAAACACAUAUGUGAGACUUUGAAGGCUAAAAAACUGGACUGCAUUCUCGUCAUCCCGCCUGCUGUGACCAGUGUGGGGCAGCCGGGGAUGUUUGGCCGGGAGGAGUUUGAGCAGCUGGCCCCUGUGGUCGAUGGAUUCAGCCUCAUGACAUACGACUACUCCAGCGGUGCCAGGCCAGGCCCGAGCUCUCCCCUGCCCUGGGUGAGAGACUGUGUUCUCCAGCUCGCUCCCAACACUCAGUGGAGACAAAAGCUUCUGCUGGGACUCAAUUUGUACGGCCUUGAUUUUGCAAGCCAGGGAACAGAGCCAAUCCUGGGAGGAAGGUACAUCGAGAUUUUGCGAGAACACAGGCCGAAACUUCUCUGGGACGAAUAUUCUGCAGAGCAUUAUUUCAGCUACAAGAGGAACAAUGCAGUGAAGCAUGUGGUGUACUAUCCAUCGUUAAAGUCACUCUACCUGAGGAUCUCUUUAGCGACUGAACUGGGAACAGGAAUUUCCUUAUGGGAAUUAGGGCAAGGACUGGACUAUUUCUACGAUCUCCUAUGAAAGCUGGACUUGAUAAUAAAGACUUCGGACCAUCAGCACAUUCUCUUUUUUUUCUCUGAACAUGGAGCACCAAAAAUUCAAGGGUUGUAUGUAGGUUUUAUGUUUCUGUUUUUGGUUUCUGAGAGACAUGAACUCUGGAACGAGCUGUUGACGGGUUUUAGUUAAUACUCAACUUGUUUGGGGGUCACGAAAAUGUUGAGAAAUCUCUACAAGAACAAAUGUGGGAUUUGAUUCAACGAUACUGGCAGCAGACACUAGGUACUUCGGUUCGUUUAUUCCUUUUCAUUGACGGUAUUGUUGAAAAAUUUGUACAGUUCAGUCAAGAGUGCAGUGAUUUAACAUCAGAGGGUGCAUGAUUAUCGAUAUGUAUAGAGUUUAAAUGAAGGGUUUUCUCUUAUUCACUCGCCACAGACAUCUGCAGCCCAUCUUCAGUCCAAA